CUUUAUAGUGAAAAAUAUUUUAUUCCAAUGUCUCAUCGAAAGUUUUCUGCUCCUAGACAUGGGUCUAUGGGAUUCACUCCCAAGAAACGGUCAAAACGACAUGUUGGAAAGUGUAAGGCUUUUCCUAAGGAUGAUCCUUCAAAGCCUAUCCACUUAACUGCUUUUAUUGGCUACAAAGCUGGAAUGACGCAUAUUGUUCGUGAUGUUGAUAAGAUUGGAUCAAAAGUACACAAGAAGGAAGUUGUGGAAGCCGUAACAAUUAUUGAAACUCCACCUAUGGUCAUUGUCGGCGUUGUUGGUUAUAUUGAAACUCCACGUGGCCCUCGACCUCUAAAGGCUGUCUUUGCCGAGCAUUUGAGCGAGGACUGUAAACGCCGUUUCUACAAGAACUGGUACAAAUGUAAAAAGAAGGCAUUUACUAAAUAUGCGAAGAAAUGGCAGGAUGAAGAUGGUCAAAAGUCUAUCGAAGCGGAUCUGAACAAAAUUAAGAAGUAUUGCGCCUAUGUUCGAGUUAUCGCACAUACUCAGAUGAAGCUAAUGAAACAUCGCAACAAAAAAGCCAACAUCAUGGAGAUUCAAAUAAAUGGUGGAACUAUUGCCGAAAAAGUUGAUUGGGCUCGUGAACAUUUUGAAAAGCAAAUUCCGGUGGAUCAAGUUUUUGAGCAAGACGAAAUGAUUGGAUGUAUAGGUGUCACAAAGGGAAAAGGUUUCAAGGGUGUUGCUUGUAUCGGUGCUUGGCACCCUUCGAGAGUCCAGUUCACAGUUGCUCGAGCUGGACAAAAAGGAUAUCAUCAUCGAACAGAAAUUAACAAAAAGAUCUAUCGUAUUGGAAAAUCUUGUUUGACACCUGAAGGGAAAAAGAAUGGUUCUACGGAUUUUGAUACAACGGAAAAGACGAUUAAUCCAAUGGGAGGAUUUCCUCAUUAUGGACUUGUUAAUCAAGACUUCGUUAUGAUCCGAGGCUGUUGUGUUGGUCCGAAGAAACGUCCGAUCACUUUGCGAAAGAGCCUUAUAACCCAAACGAAGCGUUUCGCUUUUGAGAAAAUUGAUCUUAAAUGGAUUGAUACAAGCUCUAAAUUUGGACAUGGUCGAUUCCAGACGAGUGCCGAAAAGAAAGCUUUUAUGGGCAAACUUAAGAAAGACUUUUUGGCCGAAACAACCGUCAGUUAA